AUGGGCCAGAAGCUCUCGGGGAGCCUCAAGUCGGUGGAGGUGCGAGAGCCGGCGCUGCGGCCGGCCAAGCGGGAGCUACAGGGAGCGGAGCCAGGGCGGCCGGCGCGGCUGGACCAGCUGUUGGACAUGCCGGCGGCGGGGCCGGCGGUGCAGCUGCGGCACGCGUGGAACCCUGAGGACCGCUCGCUCAAUGUCUUCGUCAAGGAUGACGACCGGCUCACCUUCCACCGGCACCCGGUGGCCCAGAGCACCGACGGCAUCCGCGGCAAGGUGGGCCACGCCCGGGGCCUGCACGCCUGGCAGAUCAACUGGCCGGCGCGGCAGCGUGGCACCCACGCCGUAGUGGGGGUGGCCACGGCUCGAGCCCCCCUGCACUCCGUGGGCUACACGGCACUGGUGGGCAGUGACGCGGAGUCGUGGGGCUGGGACCUGGGCCGCAGCCGCCUCUACCACGACGGCAAGAACAGGCCGGGAGUGGCCUACCCCGCCUUCCUGGGGCCCGAGGAGGCCUUCGCGCUGCCGGACUCGCUGCUCGUGGUGCUGGACAUGGACGAGGGCACGCUCAGCUUCGUGGUGGACGGCCAGUAUCUGGGCGUGGCUUUCCGCGGCCUCAAGGGCAAGAAGCUGUACCCGGUGGUGAGUGCGGUGUGGGGCCACUGCGAAGUCACCAUGCGCUACAUCAACGGCCUUGACCCUGAGCCCCUGCCGCUGAUGGACCUGUGCCGGAGAUCCAUCCGCUUGGCCCUGGGCCGCCAGCGCCUACGGGACAUCGGCGCCCUGCCCCUGCCUCAGUCUCUCAAAAACUAUCUGCAGUACCAGUGAGGCUGAGGAGCAGCAGUGGGGACCCACACACAGCAGGGCCUGGGCCUGUCAUUUCACGGUCACACAGUACAUUCAGGAAGGCGUCCUCCUCCUCGCCCCAGAGCGCCAGGACACUCCGUUCUUGGAAAGGACCAGGACGCGUUCCCAACGUUGAAAGUGAAAUGUCCCUUGCCAACAGUAUUUGCCACCCUGGAGGCAGCCCUCCUAAGUCAGGCGCCUCCUUGGGAGCCAUGAGGAGCCCGGAGCCUGCGCCCAGCGGAGAUCCUGCCCCCCGACCAAGAAGACACAGAAGCCCCGGUAUUGAUCACAGAGCGUGUCUCCUUAUUCAUGAGAAUGAAUGAAACAUUUGGGCGGGAGGCUCGCUGUGGUGUGCCCGGGUGCAGACAGGGCUGGGGAAGACUGGCCAGCUCGGGGAGAAAAGUGCGGCCGAGUGAUGAAGGACGAAAGCAGCUUGGUGUCGACGCCCUCUUGACACCUCGGGACUUUGUGCUCCUUUGAAAGACUGUUACCCAGGGAUGCCUGAUGACAGAAUUGGCAAGUGGACAAAGCCGUGUGUAGACCCCUUCCAGCUUACCUCUUUGCACAUUGUUUACUUACCCUUUCACGUGCCCUCUGUCCCCACCGCUGACCCACAGUUCCCUGGCUACCCGCGGCACCUCUCUUCGGGGAAGCUGAGUCUGACUAAUUCACCCCGGGGACAGAGUGUAGCCUUGAUUAUUAUUAUCUUACAUCUGGUGGCAUUUUAAAAGAGGAAUGUGGUGAGGGCAGUACGUAGUCCAAAGGUGCUAAUGGGGGAAGUGGGGGCAUUGUGACACCCGAGUGGAUGAUGGCCUCAGGCUGCGGAGCCUUCCUGGGGUGCUGAGGGACUCUAGGCAACCGUCCAUUCGGAUGUACCUAGCCGUCACAAAGCUUUAUUUGAGCGAAUUAUUUUUUCACUUUAGGAGACACGAACGAGUUUGUUUCUGUUUCAAGUGUGUGUGCGAUGUGCUGUUUAUUUAUCAGCUUGGGGCUGCAUGGGCGGCCCCGGACCCAUAGGGGUGCGGGUCCCGAGCCUGGUCCUCUCCUGGGGAUGCCGCCACCACCCUUGUCGGGCAUCUCUCGCGCGCUCCCAGAGCUGUGUCCAGACUCCGUUAUAACUGGAAAUUGUCACCACAGUGGGAUCCCAGAGCCCCAGACGGCACCGC